AAAAAAAAAUUUGAUCGCAUCGCCUCGGCCUCGCAUCGUCCAUCAUCGCAGUGAGAAGAGCCAUCAUGAAGAACGGUGUUUGCGCGUCGGAGAAAUUAUUAUUCGGUGAUUGUACGACGAAAAUCGCGUUCCGGUGGUGAAAAUCGGUGCUCGAAGUGUGCUCGGGAGUGCCGCGGACGGUGCAAGUGCAAAUUUGACUCCGGACGGCAGCUGCCAGCAGCGCAAAACGAUGAAUAUGUCCAGCUGGAUGAUACGCAAUCGGAGCCAGCGCCAGAGAAGUCGCCCGGCUCCGGAGGAUUGCUACCGGCUGGAUCUGGGCAAAUCGGUUCGCGAGAACGCCCAGGACAUUUACGUGGGCCUCAGCGCUCGCGCCACAAAUGAAAACAAACGGCUCAGCCUGUUGAACGGGCUGGUCAAACUGAUCGAACGAUGGAAGAAGGAAAAUGCCCUCGGCAGCUGUCCGGUGCUGCUCGUCGGAAGUCCCCAGCGGCGCAUCCUGCAGUCACGGGACGAAGCCCUUGGGUUUGUCAUGGCCGAGUGGCUGUACUGUAUCAGUGCAUCGCUGGUGCACCACUUUACGCAGAUCCGCGCGGGGGCGCUACGGGCCACGCGGCACCUGUUGAUGGCCGCGAGUGACGUCCGGGUGCUGAACGAACUUCAGUUGGGUCACCUGAUCUGCCGCAGUUUGGACGUGCUGUUGAAGAACGAAGAGGAACGGGUGCAGGCGCUGAAGCUGGUCCGGAAGCAGCUGAUGGUUGCUCCGGAACUGGUGUGCCCUGCCGUGGUGAGGUGUUUGGUAUCGCUGGGAGAAAGUGGAGCCGAGGAUCGCUCGGUUCGGGUCGAUAGGGAAGAUCGCAUGCUGAGGGCCUGCCUGGCGACGUUGUGCGAGUUUGGGGUGUUGAAUCCGAGGCUUCUGAUAGUGUGCGGUGGGGUCAGUGUGAUCACCCGAAAUGUGCUGGAGUGUCACAGCCCGCGGAUAGCGGAAAGUCUCUGCGGAGUGUUGCUGCAUCUGCUGGAAUGGCCAAAAACUCGGCAAAUCGCCGGAGUCCGGUUGGACUGUUUGGGGGCGCCGUAUUGUGAUUUCUCGUAUCGAUUAGGUAUUAUGGAUAAGAACAAAGAUGCCCGCGACUUGCGGUUUACAUGCAGCAGGCUGGCCCUGCUAUCCGUGCUGCGGAGCUGGGCCGGAACCAUCGAGUUCUGCAACCCGUCGAAGCCAUCCGGGCUGAAAGCAAUCAUCGAUAUACUCUACCUGAACCAGCUGGAGGUGCGCAAAGCCGUGCUAGAUCUGCUGUACGAACUACUCGGUCUGCCGCAGCCCGUCUGGUCCGACGAGUACUCGGUGGCCCUGUCGGUGGUCGAUCCGGCCGAGUAUCAGGACUCGUGGCGUCUGAACGAGGGCUUUGUGGCUGCCGAAGGAAUGGCCGUGCUUCCGUCGCUGGCCAGCCGUGUGCCAAACGUUUCCGACAUACACCUCGCAUUGUUGCUCUAUUGCUUCAUCGAAAACGGUCUGCUGAAUGCCCUGGUCGAGGUGAUCAUCUCGAGCGAUACGUUCAUCUCGGUCCGGGCCACCAUACUCCUCGGGAAAAUCCUACACCAAAUGCAUCUGCUACUGCCGGCGGAAAUCUGCAGCUCCACACCUUCCUCGACGUUGCCAUCGCUCAUCUCGAAGGCAACCGAGGGUAACCACCAGGCCAAGGCGGCCAUCGCAUCCCUUCAGCAGUUCCAGCAAAUGCUGCAAAACCGACCGGCUUCCUGCUCGCUGUUCCUCGACUGUAUAAUUCAGAGCGGAGAGCUGAUCAACUCCAGGAUUUUCAAACGGGAACUGAGCUCGCUGGAAUCGGUUCCCCUACCUGCUACCAAAUAUGCUACCUUGGAGGGCGGUUCCGGCUUCGGGUUGAAACGCGUUCGCCACGAUUCGGUGGGAUCCACCGGCAGUUCCAGUGGCAGCGGAGGCGCUGGCGCUCGUCUGGGUUACAUCUUUACCGGUCGACUUGGACCCGAAUCUUCCGUGGACGAGUUCGGCAUGCCCACGGCAGCGGGUGCGAAGGCCAAUAACGGUGCGAAACGGUCCAGCUUGAAGCGGGCCCGUUUCAUGCAGUUUUUCGACAACAUCAACGAGAACGAGCGGCUCAUCAAGGACUCGAACGUGCUCGGUAACAAGGACGCCAACAUGUGGGACUGGGACAUUGUCAUCACGAUCUUCCGGUCGGACAGCUUGGGCAGCAAGCUGGACGAUCAGACGUGUACGCGGUUCAUCCGGAGAAUAAUCGACUACUUCAAACCGAGCAACAAUCGGUUCUCGCACCAGGAUCUGACUAGGUAUAAUCGGCAGCUGCCACCGUACGUUACGGCGGGGUUGGAACUGCUCGACUGGCUGCAGCAAAGUCAGGAGUUGGAAUGCAUCCGGAUGUUGACCGAUCUGUUUACGGACAUCAGCCGCCAGUUGAUGUCCAUCCACACGAAGAAAUCGGCCCACGAGUGUCUGUUCAGCCCGCAGCAUAUGACGAGCACCAUGUGCCAGCAGUACUUCCUGUUCAUCGGUCGGAUGUGCCGGACAGAGAAGGGUCUCAGCGUGCUGACCAAUACGGAUAUUUUCAAAGAAUUGACCACCAUCGUCACCAAGACGAACCACAUCUGUUACGUGAAACUGAUCGUUUCCGGGCUGGAUUACAGUCUGGACGGUGAGCCGCGCAAGAUCCUGAUGCGAGCACUGCUCAAACAUCCCUCGGCCAAAGCCCGGCUGUACGCGGCCCAGUUUAUGCGGGUGCUCCUCCGCGCCCGGUUGCCCAAUUUUGAAGUUUGGGGAAUGCCACUACUUCUAAAGCUGGUCGACGAAUGUCAGGCCAAGUGCGUACAGUUGGCUGCGCUGGAAAUCCUCGAGGAGGCUUGCUACGAGCGGACCUACCUGGAGGAGCUGGUCAACGUUUGGCCCAACCUGGAGCGGGUCAGCGAUCACGGAAAGCUAGUCAUGAUGAAGUUCUAUUCGAUACCGAGAGGCUUGAACCAUCCGGCGGCGAAAAUCAAAGAGGAGAUCGAGACUUGGGUCAACGGGUACAACAAGAGAUACGUCCUGCUGAUCGAAGCCGAUGUCCACGCUCACCUGACGCAACAUACCAAAACCGAGGACGGAACGUACAGCCGAAGGCAUUGCGCCCAGCGGGUAGGCGUUACCGCACCCAACAUGUUACCACACUUGUACGGUCAGUUAGUACAAACCACCAAGGGCAUGUUCAGUCUUCAAACGCACGGCGAACUUCCGGCACUAAUCGAUACCCUGCUGCUUGCCAAGAGUACCGACGAGAAGGACGUCAUGACGCUGAAGGCGGCCAUGUGGGCUCUAGCUCACUUCUGCACCAGCAACGAUGGAGUCAUCUAUCUGAACGAUACCUCGGCGAACGUCUUCGAACAGUUCGUCCAGCUCGUCAAAUACGCCGAAGUGUACUCGGUGCGGGCGACUGCCCUCAACUGUUUGUGCCUGAUCGCAACCACCCAAAUGGGUGCCGACAUCCUACAGAAGCUGGAUUGGAUUUCGGUUCGGCACGAUCGGAGUACCUACUGGCCCGUGUACGAACCGGAUGAGUGGUUCCCCAAGCAGUUCAACACCCCGGUUCGUCACAACUACGAAUUCCCACCCUACAACUACACCGCUCUGCUGGAGACUAACGAAUCCCUUCUCCCGAACGAUACCGACGAUCACCUGAUCGUAUCACGCAUGGAAAGUACCUCGGUCGGCGAGGAUCAGAGCGAUUGCGCCGUGGCCACCACCUCGCGGUCCAAAACCCUUCCGGAAAGUGUCCUCGGACCGAACCGAACGCCCUCAUCCCAAAAACACAAACGCUCCCUCUCGGAGUCCAAAACUACGGACGGCAUCAGCUUGAUGACUGCUACAGCUCCUCCUCCAUCCAGUCAACUGCCUCCCAGCUUCCCAACCCAUCCCAGAACACGGUACAACUCCGGCACGGACUCCAACACGUCCGGCGUCAGCAGCUACGAGUCGAUCUUUGGCGGUCGGUUCCACGCGGACAUGAUGCAGCAGGGCCAGCUGUCGCCCAUCCCCAGCAGUUCCAAUCUGAUCGAUCUGAAAAAGCUAUCCUCGGAGGAGAAGUUCCGAAGGGUCUCGCUGACCGGGUUGCCCUUGAGGGAAACCAACCCGAUGACGCCACAGGACCUGUACGGUUACCAUACGCUGCGGAUACUGCGGCGACGUUGUCGUCCGAUGCUGUCGGAAUCGGCGACGGACGAACUGGCCGAAAUGAUGGACGAUGUGAUGGCCAGUAUGUCGUCGUCGUCGACCAUUUCGACCAAGUCGCGGUUUCGGUUGCGAGGUUCGAAGUCGCUGAGCGAGCAGCAGCGAAAACUGAAAGUUCGCAGCCUGGAUCGGCACAGCAGUUUCAAUGCGAUGAUGAGGUACGACGAAUUCCUGGAAAGUCUACGGCUCAAGCAUCAGAUGCUGAAACUGCAGCUGGAUACCCGCGGACCAUGUUACUCAGGAAUCUGCCUCCCCCGAAACAUCCUGGACCUGUUCCCGCAGGAGGAAUCCUCCGGAACGUACGUAUCGAACUUCACGCUGAACGAACUCGACGCAAACAGCUCCUCCGCCGGACUGGACUCCCGAAACCCGAACGUAACGGCCAGCAGCAGUAUACCGGUCGUGGACCGAGAAUCAGCCGAUUCGGUCAAGCUGCUACGGGCGAACUCCGUUGACAGCUCCGGCCCAGGGCACGUCCGGGAGGAUUGUCUGCAGUGUUGCCGCCGGAGGAUUGACCCAUCGUCCGGCAUCAGUUCCAGCAGCCGGAGCGAGUUCUUCAACUCGUCGGAGAGCUCGUUUAGCGACGAGGUCGAUCGUACCAGGGCCAGCAUCCUGCGGCACGUCCAACGGAUGGCCAACCCCGUGUGGAGCAAGCAGAGUCGAACCCAGCUGCUGGAGCUGAAGCAGAAGCAUCCCAGCGCGUUCCAGGACAUCUGCCUGUACUCGGAAGUGUGCCAACAGCUCGGUCGAAACACCUAUCGGCUCGGAUCGCGGCGCUUUCUGCAGGAACUGUUCCUGGAUUUGGACUUUGCGAGUUUCUACCGGGAACCCGGGGAGAUUUCCACGUCGGCCAGGACGGAGCGCGAAGCAGCACCGUUGAACGGUGAACUGGCGGCUUUUUCCGAAUCGAAGGAGCUGCAAAUGCUGGGAUUGGAGAAAGGUUUCGGUUGGACCGUGAAUACUUUCCGGCCGGUUAUGCCAGUAGGGGGUGCGGGUAAUGUAAAUAACGGUGUCAGUGAUGGUAGCACGGGAGUUACGGGACCAGCUUCCAGUAAGUCUCACCAUUUGGCGGCGCGGCCGCGCGCCUUAGACAGUGUGCUGGAAACCAGCGUCGAAAACAUCGCCGAGCUGAGUGGCGCGGAGUUGAAACUCUGGAUGGAACACAGAAUGGAAAAGAAAUACGGUUCGGGUAGUAAGGUCGAGCGGUCCAGCGACGACGUCAUCCAGUAUCGGGACCCCGGAAAGGCCAAACAUUCGAACGCCACCCGGCCGCGCUUCCACACGAUGGCGCUGGAUCUGAGCUGUACCAAAAACAAGUUCCCCAUCCGGAGGGAUCGAAGCGGAUCGUCCUCGACGGCGACGACGACGACGUCGGCGACGGUCCUUUCGCCUACGGAGGCGGGCGGCCGUCCGUAUUCGUUCGGCGGCGGAAGCCACAGCGCGGUGACGAGUCCGACCAGCCUACUGCCGCAGGGAGCGCUGUUCUGCGAACAGUGGGCGCAGACGCGGUUUGGCAAUCAUUUCGAAAUCGAUGGCGUCAAGAAGUAGAUCGAUCGGAGAAGGUGUGCAGUGCGCGGCAAGUAUGAACGGUUGGGAUGCCAGUGAGUUUUAUGUGUUGUGUUACUUUUAAGGUGGGAAAAGUUAGCUCGUUUGUUUGUUUCCGAAAUUGGCGGAAUUUUACGGGAAAUAUAACUGACAGAAAUUUAAACUAGGUCGGAACUUGGAAUGUGUUUUCGGGGAACAGAAGUGCACACUUAUUUUCAAGAGAUUUUAUUUGCGAGAAAAGAGAGACUACGAACUAAAAUGCGGGGAGGUCGAGCUUGAAAGAAUUAGGCGAAUGUUUUGAAAAAGGGAAGGUGUGUUUACAGUGAUCCUCUCUGGAGCCACCAAUUAUUACUCGCGCGAUAAUUUUCUCCUCGUGCCUGGUUAUGGGAUAUGAGACGAGUCACCUGAACAAAACAAGUGAAGUAUGAGGCUCAACCACGACCUCUGUUUUGAUACCCUCUUCUUUUUUUCUUCGGAAAUUCGUGAAUCGUCUGGAUUGAAAUCCACGUCCUCGGUAGUAGAUAUUUCUGUGGUUUCUGUCUUGAGGUAUCAGCACGAUGGAACCACAUUUCUGAUUCUUCUUCAGUGAUUUGUACCUCUAGGAGUCUAGGGCAUCACUAACAAGCUUGAUAAGCGUAUUUGGAUUACGCGCUUUUCCGUGACGAUACAGUUGCACUUCGUGUACUUAGUUAUGACGAAUACGACGAGUUCCUCUCUGGAGCCACCAUUGGUAAUAUCCCAGUGAAAGAUCUAGGCGAGAGAAGAAUUUUGCUCCUGCUAAUGAGUCGAUAACUUCUUCAAUAUUUGGUAGUGAAAAUUUAUCAUUCGCCAAAACAUUAUUGAGUUUCCGGUAAUCAAUGACAAGUCUCAUUUUUUUUUACAAUCUUUUGUCGUUUUCUUGGACACUAAAAGAAUUGGACUGUUCCACUCUGAACAUGCUUUUUCAAUAAUGCCAUCGUCAUUUGAUUAAUUUUAUUAUCAAUUUCGCUCCUUUGUCAUUGAGGGAGUCGACAUUUUUUCGCAUAAACUUGUAUGAUACCACUUUUUACUUCAAUAUUAGAAGUGUACAUACUUGUAAUAGUCAAUUUGUCGUUUUUCAAACAAAAUACGUCUCUAUAUUUCAAACAACGCUAAAUGCUUGUAAUCCAUCACUUGAACCAUCGUACAAUGCCACAACUGCUGUAGCAGUUUGAAUAUCGAAUACUGAAGCAGCUGGGGUUUCCACUGUCUCUCAUUUGGAGUGGCCAUUCUUAUUUUGUUUGUAAGAGUCGUUAUUAGUUCUACUUUAGAUGAAUUAAUGAGAGUUAUUAUCUCUGAACAGAAUGCAUCCUGUUAUAUCUUACUUUGAUAUAUCGGAGAAGGUCUUUUCUUUUAUUAGACGGUAUCCAAACUAUGGCGAGCUCGAGAGCUAUCGCCAGCAAGGACCGCAAGUAAAAGCUUUGACUGUUCGAUAAUCAAUCCUCUGUAUUUCGGUUCUCUUCUGGUUUUUAUAGCUAUGACAAUAUUUGGCUUAUUCUAUUUUACACAUUGGUUAGAAUGAGACAACUGGAGUGUGUGACUGAGCAAUAUGUGCAUCUUCGCAAGGUCGGCGUUUUGUGUGCCUUGGUGGUCCUAUCCCAAUAUGCGCAACGUAAGGGCGUUCGCAUAUGGGUGGAAAAGGAAUAUGGAAAGGUCCAAGUGCUGUAGCCUCGGCGCGUAUAACUUAAGCCGCAUAUGGUUGCAAUUUUAUUCUAUGUAACUUGAGCCACGGCGUUCGCCGUUGUUUGGAGUUAACGACUUGCUAUGAUUUGUUUAUGACU